AUGCUCUCUUCUAUCAUCGCCUGCAGCUUUCUUCUCAUCUUGCACCUUCAACUACCUAAUGCAUAUCCGGUCAGCACGAGUUUGACCACCAGUGACAUGGACAUCUUAGAGGUGCUCCUUCACAAAUUAGAGGAGUCUCUUCCAGUGCAGACCAAGAUGGAGCAGAGGAACCCUGUUGACAACCUGAACACAGACGCCAAUGCACAGCUGCCGCUAGAUGCUUUGGAUGAACCUUCAGUCAGGGAGUUCCUCUCAGCCAAAAACCUGAAGAGCAUCCGGAGCGACACCUCCAGGAAAUAUUCUAGUUGCUUUGGUCGCCGUAUGGACCGAGUAGGUUCCAUGAGCUCUCUGGGCUGCAACAGUGUUGGCAAAAACAAUUCAAAAUCAAGAUGAAGUCUUACCAUCUACGGUAUAACCUUGGGC